AUGGAUUUCGAAGAUGAAUUUCACGAAUUGUUAUAUAUCGAGUUAAUGAACGCGCUCCCCGAUGAUGCAACUAUAACCUUAGAUAAUGAUACAAUGGGGGAAACAUUCGGACAAAGCACAAGUGCACCUGUACCGAAUGCGGUGCUUCCAAACGGCGAGGUCCAGGCCUCUUCCCAACCUUUGGACGAAUCUAUGAUGCAUGCAAAAGCGAAUAGGUUUGCCAGUGAACUUGGCUCGACUCCAGGUUCGGAAGGAUUCAAUUGGAACUGGGAAGUGUUCCCCUACCCCUUCAUACCUUUGUCCAAGGAAGCAAAUUUCGCAUACAUGCAGAAGCAUUACCCAUCUCUCUCAUUCGGAAGCAAAUUAUGCGGUUACUACAUCCCCCAGAUGCCCCAAUACAAGCCAAGAUCACAAGAGGAGGUGGCCGCCCGGUAUCCGCAUUACUUCAAAGCAAGCGGUGAAGAUCUCGCCAACGACGAAUCACUCCCCAAGUCCCUCGUAGAACAAGAAGAACUUAGCAUAUACAUGUGCGAGUAUAUCUGGUUUCAUUGGACGACGGGAAUCUUCAACCUGCCACCUUUCCCGCCGAAAUCGCAUCCCAUAUAUCCACUUUGGCUUUGUAACCACCCAAUCAACGAUAUUAUCAUGCGAGCUUUCACAAAAUUGGAAUUGAGGAGGAUUGUGGCGAGCGAUCCACGUCAAAAAAUCGAUCACAUAGCGGGUAACUAUGACACAGCUGAUCUACGGCAGAAGUAUGCUCGUUUCAUGCAUGCGCGUCUAGGAGAACUCGAAUUUGAACAACUUCCGACUGAUCUCGUGGAGCUGGAAAGACUAUGCUUUUGGAUUUCGGAUGAGAUAUACAGAUAUUCCAAAUUGUACCCAGACCUUUACCCGCCAUAUGCUCCAAAGUCGCAUCCAUGCUAUCCAACGUGGCUUCCGUUGCAUCCCUGUAACCAAAUCAUCCUUAAGCGUUUCAAUGGCGGCAACGAAAAUUGA